UUAUUUUUUGUAUUAACAGAAUCUAACCUCGCAAAAAUUCUGAUCGAUAAAACGAUCGCCUCAGUCGUUGCACACAGCAACAAUUAAUUUAAUCUGUUAUUCGACGGGAAACUGUUAGUUUACGAUCAAGGCGGUUUUAUCUUGUAGCUUAAGCAAGUGCCUUAUUUUUACGCGCCUAACUAUAAAAAGAGAAAAACAUGGACGAGCCGAGUUUGUCGAAUCCGGAAGAUGCAAAGCGAAUUUCGAGGAGCGAAGAAGACCGUUCAUUCGACGAAGUGAUUGGACAUAUCGAGGACUUGUUGUUGGAGGAAGAUUUUCAAGCCCUUCAGAAUAAAUUUUUAGAAAAGUAUUGGGAUGUUUUCGAACCAGUAGAAGAUAACAAAUUAAUUUACACCGAUAUAUUCAACGAAUACAAUAAAGCUGUGGAGGCAUACAUCGUGGAUUAUUUAAAGAAAGUCAUGCCACAGUUCACAGUAGACACUCUUUUACAUCAAUUAAAUGAGAAGCAGAAGCAAACGGAGCUGGAAGGUGAAGUUUUUGAGGUACUAUCAACGAUAACAGAUUUCUUGGCUUUUAAGGAAAUGUUCUUGGAUUACAGAGCGGUGAAAGAAGGUAAAGUUGCAGAUCUUAGUUGUGGGAUAUCCGUAACAUCUUUGAAAUCCUAUAAUACUGAAGACUGCAAAGAUCCAUCAAGAUAAUACAAAUAAUUUUUGCAUAAAGACGAAAGCUAGGUGGAAUAUGAAUAAAGACGGCAUAAAAUGUGAUAUAAACUGGAAAUAUUAAUCAUUGUGUUCAGUACUUAUUAAAUUAAUGGAUAAUGUACUUGCAAAAAUCUAUAUUCAGUAUAUCACGUACAUUUACAAAUAGAAAUACAAAAAUAAUUCGAGUAUCAUACGGAGUCUUUCUUGCAAUUUACAGAGUCUCUUGCAACA